CGUAUCCCGCUCUUUUCUAGUUUUCCUUUUCUUUUUAAGCAACGUCAUUGUCCCCUCUUCACUCAUGCACAUCAACUUCUUACGGUGUUGAUUUCGCCGGCGCAAUGCAGGAACGAACCACCGCCGCCGCCUCCGCCGGUCGUACGCGAUCGAGCAGCGAAAGAUCGUCGAGUUCCGCGUUUCUACUUGAUGUUAAAGAAGAUAUAGGAGUGGGAAGUGAUGAGGAGGAGAUAAGCAGAGUGCCGCAGAUCUGCGGCAACUCUGCCUCUGCUGCCGGCGGCACUUCAGCAUCUGGUAAAGCCCCUGCAUCAGAUGGCGUAAGGAGCAGAGGACGAAGCUCCGCUGACAAAGAAAGUAAAAGGCUUAAGAGAUUGUUAAGAAACAGAGUUUCAGCACAGCAAGCAAGGGAGAGGAAAAAGGCGUAUUUGGGCGACUUGGAAAUACGAGCAGCAAACUUGUUGAAAAGGAACUCCGAGCUUGAAGAGAAUCUGUCCACGUUACAAAAUGAGAAUCAGAUGCUUAGACACAUACUAAAGAACACAACAACCAACAAGAGAAGUGAUGGGGACACUGCUAAUGCAAACCAGACUGUAUAGCUUGGUAUGACUAUGUAAGUUAUGGUAUGUACAUAUUAUUAAUGUCGACUCGAAGGGUAAGGAACGAAAAAAUGGGUCGCUUUCAUUUUGAUAAAUUGUUUGAUGUGACUGCCUCAAUUGUUGAUAUUUUUAUGAAUAGUCGAAUGUGUCUCUAAAGAAAUUAGUUCAAAUUCUUUUUGUCAUUCACAACUUGAA